AUGAUUGGAGUUUUCUUUGAACAUUAUCACCAACGAAAACUUCUUCGUAAACGUGAAAAACGUCUUGAUGCUAUUCUAGCUUACUUUUUUGUUGAAACAAAACCUGUAUCAACCUUAUCACAAAGUAAACUCUAUGAAUUAUUAACUAAAAAAACAAAAUAUUUUCUUUCACCUGCUGUUGUUCUUACACCUGAAAAUGAUAUUCAAACUCUUGUUUUAAAAUUACCUGAAUCGAAUAUUCUUCAUCUUGAUAAUAAUGAUUUAGAUAAUUCUGAACGACAAUAUGAUGGUUCCUUAAUUCUUCAAAUUGGUUCAACAUCACUUACUUUGAAAGAAACUCUUUCAACGUCUACCGAUAAUCUUCCAUCGACAAAUAUUCCAACAAUUCAUCCAUCAUCUUCCAAUAGUACUUCAUCCAAUCGACAAAUAUCUGUUCUUGAUAUAAUUGUUGGCAAAUCUCAAGCAUUAACAUCUCUUCAAUCACGUGGUGUUUAUUUAAUAUUAAAUGGUGUUACAAAUAUUCGUACAAUUGUAACGGAUGUACCAUUAAGAUCACACGAUGUUCAUGAUCUUGUUAAUCGUACUGGUCGUUUAAUAACAUCUUAUGUUCGACAAUUUCUUCCCGGUGAUACACAACAAACAUCUACAAUACCAACAACAACUAAUGCAGAUAAUGAAUUAAUUAAUACAAGUACACGUCGCAGAGAUACAAUUAAUCGUAAUAUAAAUCCACGUCCAUUAGAAACUCAGCAAAAUAUAUUUACAUCAUCGAAACCAUCUAUAUUUGAACCUCAUUUAACAGCACAUUAUGUUGCUAAUAUUGGUGAAAUAAAAUUACGUUUUACAACUAUCAUACAUAAACAUGCUUUACAUUUGUUAAAUAAUAAUAAUCAUGAUCAUCAACAACCUCCAACAGUUAGUUCAGAUAAUCAUGCACGAACUGAUUUUCCUGAAAUACAUUUUUCUGGAUUUGAUCAAUUUCAUUUUGGAGCAACAACAAAACAUACACGUUUAUCAUCAUCAUCAACAAUACCUAUUAUGCGUAUUGGUUCAACAGAUACAGAAAAUGAGGAUGACGAUAAUGAACCAGAAAAAGAUCGACAAACAACACUACCAACAUUAUUUACAUAUAAAAUAAAUAUACCAAUGAAAGAUUUCGAAGUUAUGGAACAAACGCCAUCAAAUACAAUAGUUAAAUUUGAAAAUGAUGAUAAAAAAAGUACC